AUUCAAAUAAAAGUCAGUUGUAGAUGACCCCUCCUGGUACUGGGAUGUUCCCUCUUGGGGAACCCUCUUGCGUAGCCUCUUGGGAGUCAGCCCCAAAUGCCGGAGGUGGAGUCAAGUUUUUUGUUUUGUUUUCCUUUCUCCCACUUAGUAGACCUGGGGUAGCAGGCCCAGGGUGCUGUCCAAACCAGGGUGUCCUUGGGUUUGAAGAGCAGUGCUAAGCCUUCCAGAUGCUCCCCAACCGUGCAUACCUGCCAUGUACACACAGGCACAUCAGAGAGUAGAACUGACUGCUGAUUGGCAGAACAUUGGUCUGAAAGGGCCACAUUUUAUCCAAAGCAUUGGUUCUGGGCUGCGGGGGCCUCUGCGUUUCAGAGGCAAGCCCGAGGGUUCCAGGAUGAUGAAGAAUCACCGCUUGGGUCCUCUGGCCUGGACUACGAGUCUGGGAACUUCCCCAGCCCCAAAUCCCCACUGAGUCCCUAGAGUUGAGCCAGUUGGGACGUGGGAGUACUGGGAGAUGGGGAACCACCCAUGGGGAGCCUGGCUGGAGCCUCCAGUGAGGCUGCGGCUCCCUCCUGUUCCUCUUAUGCAGCAGGGGCGGGGGAGGCGGGGACACCUCUAGCGGGCUGGCCUAGGCUGGAGGUGGCGGAUAGCACUCCCUCGGCUGGUUAAUCAUUGCCAGGCUACAGCCACAUCCUGGUUACCAAUCCCCGGUGCCACAGCUGCUGGGGUGGACCCAUGGGGGUGCCCUGUCUUUUUCUCAGGUGCCACCUUGUGGUAGCUGAUGGGUUUGUUGCAGCUCAGGUGGGGGGGGCUGGGCACUGUAGGAAGCAGCCCAACAGUUACCGGGAUAAAUCUUCAUCAUCCUAGGGUGUCUGCCCGCUCCUCCCCCCACCCCCCCACACACACCUGCCUGGCUGGAAAAGUUCUCCCUGGUUGGAGCUGGCUCCACCUCGGGGUGACAUCACCACUGGCCAAGGGUCCUUGGGCCAGGGCCACUGCCGUCUCCUCCCGACCCAAGGCCCCGGUCACUGCCGUCUGGGAGGAGGGCAAGCCCUUCUGUGAUGCUGAGUGCCAGCUGGUCACCCUGCUGGACGACAACAGCCUCCACCUGUGGAGCCUGAAGGUCAGAGGAGGGGUGUCAGAGCUACAGGAAGAUGAGAGUUUCACGCUGCGUGGCCCCCCAGGGGCUGCCCCCAGUGCCACACAGAUCACUGUGGUCCUGCCUCAUUCCUCCCGCGAGCUCCUCUACCUGGGCACCGAGAGUGGCACCGUGUUUGCGGUGCAGCUGCCAGCCUUCCGCACGCUGGGGGACAGGACCAUCGGCUCGGACGCUGUGCUGCAGGGGUUGCCCGAGGACGCCCGCCACCGGCGGGUGUUCGAGAUGGUGGAAGCUCUGCAGGAGCACCCCCGCGACCCCAACCAGGUCCUCAUCGGCUACAGCCGCGGCCUCAUCGUUGUCUGGGACCUGCGGGGCAGCUGCGUGCUUGGCCAUUUCCUCAGCAGCCAGCAACUGGAGAACGUCUGCUGGCAGCGGGACGGCCACCUGAUUGUCAGCUGCCAUUCCGACGGCAGCUAUUGCCAGUGGCCUGUGUCCAGCGACACCCAGCACUCGGAGCCCCUGCGCAACUGUGUGCCUUACGGUCCUUUUCCUUGCAAAGCUAUUACCAAAAUCUUCUGGCUGAUCACCAAGCAGGGGUUGCCUUUCACCAUCUUCCAGGGGGGCAUGCCGCGGGCCAGCUAUGGGGACCGCCACUGCAUCUCGGUGGUCCACGACGGCCAACAGACAGCCUUUGACUUCACCUCCCGUGUCAUUGACUUUACUGUCCUUGCUGAGGCAGACCCUGCUUCAGCCUUUGAUGACCCCUACGCCCUGGUGGUGCUGGCCGAGGAGGAGCUAGUGGUGAUUGACCUGAAGGCGGCUGGUUGGCCACCAGUCCAGCCUCCCUACCUGGCCUCCCUUCACUGCUCCGCCAUCACCUGCUCCCACCACGUCUCCAACAUCCCCCUGAAGCUGUGGGAGCGGAUCGUCGCCGCUGGCAGAGAGCAGCACACACACUUCUCCACCAUGGAGUGGCCCAUCGAUGGUGGUACCAGUCUGGCCCCAGCCCCUCCCCAGAGGGACCUGCUGCUCACAGGGCACGAGGAUGGCACAGUGCGCUUCUGGGACGCCUCCGGUGUCUGCUUACGGCUACUCUACAAACUCAGCACGGUACGGGUGUUCCUCACCGACACAGAGCCCAGCGAGAACCUCAAUGCCCAGGGCGAGGAUGAGUGGCCCCCACUCCGCAAGGUGGGCUCCUUCGACCCCUACAGUGAUGAUCCGAGGCUGGGAAUCCAGAAGAUUUUCCUCUGCAAAUACAGUGGCUACCUGGCUGUGGCGGGCACGGCAGGGCAGGUGCUGGUGCUGGAACUGAAUGACGAGGAGGCGGAGCAUGCCGUGGAGCAGGUGGAGGCCGACCUGCUGCAGGACCAGGAGGGCUACCGCUGGAAGGGCCACGAGCGCCUGUGUGCCCGCCCGGGGCCCGUGCGUUUUGAGCCCGGCUUCCAGCCCUUCGUGUUGGUGCAGUGCCAGCCCCCGGCCGUGGUCACCUCCUUGGCCUUGCACUCUGAGUGGCGGCUCGUGGCCUUUGGCACAAGCCACGGUUUUGGCCUCUUUGACCACCAGCAGCGGCGGCAGGUCUUUGUCAAGUGCACGCUGCACCCCAGUGACCAGCUGGCUUUGGAGGGCCCCCUGUCCCGUGUGAAGUCCCUAAAGAAGUCCCUGCGCCAGUCCUUCCGCCGGAUACGGCGUAGCCGGGUGUCAAGCCGGAAGCGGCGGCCAGCUGGUCCCCCUGGGGAGGUGCCGGAGGGAGGCGCCAGGGCUGAGCGGACAGGUACGCAGAACAUGGAGCUGGCCCCUGUGCAGCGUAAGAUCGAGGCUCGCUCAGCAGAGGACUCCUUCACGGGAUUCGUCCGGACCCUCUACUUUGCUGACACCUAUCUGAGGGACAGCUCCCGCCACUGCCCCUCGCUGUGGGCUGGCACCAACGGUGGUACGGUCUAUGCCUUUGCCCUGCGUGUGCCCCCCACCGAGCGGAGAAUGGAUGAGCCCGUGCGGGCCGAGCAGGCCAAGGAGAUCCAGCUGAUGCACCGAGCGCCCGUGGUGGGCAUCCUGGUGCUGGAUGGACAUAGCGUCCCCCUUCCUGAGCCCCUGGAGGUGGCCCAUGACCUGUCAAAGAGCCCAGACAUGCAGGGAAGCCACCAGCUGCUUGUGGUGUCAGAAGAACAGUUCAAGGUGUUCACGCUGCCCAAGGUGAGCGCCAAGCUGAAGCUGAAGCUGACCGCUCUGGAGGGCUCGCGGGUGCGGCGGGUCAGCGUGGCCCACUUCGGCAGCUGUCGAGCCGAGGACUACGGGGAGCACCACCUGACUGUCCUCACCAACCUGGGUGACGUCCAGGUGGUCUCGCUGCCCCUGCUCAAGCCCCAGGUUCGGUACAGCUGCAUCCGCCGGGAGGAUGUCAGCGGCAUUGCCUCUUGCGUCUUCACCAAAUACGGCCAAGGAUUCUACCUGAUCUCACCCUCAGAGUUUGAGCGCUUCUCUCUCUCCACCAAGUGGCUGGUUGAGCCCCGGUGUCUGGUGGAUUCAGCAGAAACCAAGAGCCACAGCUGCCCCCGCAACGGAUCAGGCCCAGAGAAGGUCUCAGGCCAAGCCAGGAACUCAGGGAGCCAGAGUGAUGGAGAGGAGAGGAGGCCUGGCCCGGUGAUGGAGCACGCUCUGCUCAAUGAUGAGAGGGUCCUGAAGGAGAUUCAGAGCACACUGGAGGGAGACCGAGGGAGCUAUGGCGACUGGCGAUCUCAGCGAGUGGCCACGGGUUACAGCCUCAGCAAUGGGGGAGCAGAGUGAGCAGGUCGCAGGUCCAGGCUACGCGAUGAACACACACUACUGAGGGCGCUUCCUGGGGCGCUGCCCCCCCGGCCCCGGGAGGCCCAUGAACUGGGCUGUGCCAGGGACUGGAGCCAACCCCGGUGCGCACCCUGCUGCUGCUCUUGGCCUCGGAGAGGAGGGACCCCAGGGCCGUGGGGCUGCCCCACCUGGGCCUUGUCUGUCUUGGUUCUUUUGUCAAUGUUGCACAGUUUUUUCUCCCUCCCCUUUUUGUAGUGGGCUGGGUUUUAAAUUAUAAAUUUUAACUGCCUCUGGGUGAAAAAGUUUUUAAUAAACACCUUAUUACCUCUUCA